CCUAAAUAUACCAAAACGAAAUAACUGCCUAAAAAUACAAAUAUAUGAUGGUUCGCUGAAAAAAUAGCUGAAUAAUUAAAUCAAUUUUUGUAGGCGAGAAAGACUGUUAUUCUGGGAAAAUAUGUUGUGCCGCCUCCGUUGCGCUCGUCACCUUUCAGCUAUGUGUAACGCACAGCCGCGAUGCUUUCUACCACGUUCGAGACAAAUCUUUUGUCUGGCUGUUGGAGUCAUGUGCGCCCUCUUCAUUUCCGCAAUCCGGAGAUAUCCAUUCGUCAUUAUUCUUGACUGUGACCAAAUACAUCGUCAGUCAUUCGUGAAACUUCGACGACAAAACGCGAGUGACCACAAUGUGACCAUACUGUGCUACAUUAACACACAUCCAAGUAACUACGCUCACAGAGCCAUCCAUUCUCGCUACACAUGGGCUCGGCGGUGUGAUAAAUUCUUUUUCACAAGCACCAAGGAUUAUCCAGACCUACCAGUACUAAAGAUUGACUUGGAAGUUCCAGAAAUCAAACAACACCUCUGGGUAAAGAUGCGCAAGAUACUUCGAGAAGUGUAUGAAUUUGCUGACCAAUACGACUUCUUUCUCAAGGCUGAUGAUGAUGCGUAUGUAAAUAUGGCAAGCCUACGCGAGGCGCUUCUGGAGCACUCACCUGAUGAACUGUUCAUGACAGGCUUCCGGUGGCCGAGCGUGCGGCAAAAUGGCUUUUUUUCUGGUGGGCCGGGUUAUCUUCUUUCACGCAGUGCACUAAAGCACAUCGUGGAAGAGGCCAUUGACAAACAUCCAAAGUGUCCCACAACCGAUGAAGCUAAAGAGGAUGUGAAGAUGAGUAUUUGUGGAGAAGCUGUGGGAGUUGAACUUGUUGACAAGUUUGCAGAAACAGGCAAAUCAAUUUUCUAUCCAUAUGACAUAAUGGACUACUUUGACACAAUUAAGAAAGCGACUAGAGGAGGUAUUCUUCAAGCCUAUAAGAAGAACGAUCCCUAUCUUCGGCGAAUUCACCUUGGUCUCAGUCGAAGGCACAUCAGUUUCCACUAUGUGGACAAAGAUACUCAGUAUAUAAUAGAAUUUCUUUCGUUUUUUCUCAGACCAGUUGGACUAUAAAAGUUUUUGGUCAGCAUUUCUCUCCCCACUUAUGAAAAUAAAUCUGAGAGCUAAAGUCGC